AUGGAAUUGUUCAAGGGCUGGUUUCAUGACCAUUUUUUAAAGCAUGCUGUUAGUGCUCGCCCAUUGCUAUUACUUCUCGAUGGUCAUAGCACACAUUAUAAUCCAGAUGUCAUUCGUCUAGCAAAACAAAAUGACGUCAUCAUUAUAACCCUGGUACCUCAUACAACUCAUGAAAUGCAACCAUUGGACACAUCAGUAUUUGCUCUACUUAAGGGACACUGGCGUGAUGUUUGUCAUGAGUUUCUUCAAAGCAAUCCUGGAAAAGUUAUUUCUAAGUACCAGUUUAGUUCUUUGCUUUCAAAAGCAUGGUUCAAAUCCUUAAAUCCUACUAAUAUUAUAAAUGGAUUCAAAUAUUCAGGAAUACAUGUAUAUCCAUUUAAUCCAGAAGUAGCUUUGGAGAGAAUCUAUCCUACCAGUGGUCCCAUAUCGUCAUCUCAUACUCCUAAUAUUGUCCCUCUCUCUCAGUCAUCACUUACUCCUAAUACAGUAUCGUCAUCUCAUACUCCUAAUAUUGUCCCUCUCUCUCAGUCAUCACUUACUCCUAAUACAGUAUCGUCAUCUCAUACUCCUAAUAUUGUCCCUCUCUCUCAGUCAUCACUUACUCCUAAUACAGUAUCGUCAUCUCAUACUCCUAAUAUUGUCCCUCUUUCUCAGUCAUCACUUACUCCUAAUACAGUAUCGUCAUCUCAUACUCCUAAUAAUGUCCCUCUCUCUCAGUCAUCACUUACUCCUAAUACAGUAUCGUCAUCUCAUACUCCUAAUAAUGUCCCUCUCUCUCAGUCAUCAUUUACUCCUAAUACAGUAUCGUCAUCUCAUAAUCCUAAGUCAUGUCUCACUCUUAAUACACCGUCAUCUCAUACAUGUACUUCUAAUAGUGUCACUGUGCCACCAUCAUCAAAUGUAUGUACUCCUAGUAAUACAUGUAUGUCAUCUCCUACUCCUAAUACAUCACCUACAUGUAAUAUUAUCCCUACAUCACAAUCUCCUCACACUCCUACAUCACAAACUUCUACUAGAAAGUCAAAUUCCAGUAAAAGUGCUACAGAGACUAUUUCAAAGUACUUAGUUCAACAGCUCCAGUUUGCUACACUCCCUAAAGUAGAUUAUGACAUAGGCCAGGAGAGCUUCAUAAUAGAAACGCCAUUUAUGAAAGACUUUGUUGUUAAUGCUUAUAUUGAUUCUGACUCUCCUGAAGACAUUGCACAAAAGAUAUACAGUGUCACCAAUAUACCAGUACCAUACAUGAGCUUAUAUGUAAGGAAAGAUUGUAUUUUUGAGAAACUUAACACAUUUACAGAAUUGAAUGACGAAGAUAUUAUUCGUGUUGUUUUACGCAACCCACAAGAAGUAGUGACUCCACGAUCAUCUCGUUUUGGCUGUCAUAGUUAUAAUCCUCUGGUUACUCAAACAAAUGAAGGGGUGUCCAAGUUUUUUUCAAUUUUAAAAUUUUUGUGUUCAGUGCAGAUAUACAAUAAGACAUAUAAAUUUGAAAAGCUCCUAUUCUAUAUUUUGAAAAUAACAGAGUUCCCCCCAUUAGUGCAUGCUCUUUAUACAUUAAAAGAACAAUCAUUUCUCACAAUAGCAGGAUGGACUGCACUUAUUGAGGGCUGCUAUUUUCUUUUUAAAGCCAUUUUAAAUGAUCAAAUACAUGUACCCAAUGAUAAAGUUUUCGAGUAUGCUGAUUACACUUGGGGAUUGCUAAUUUGUUUGUCUAAAGAAAUAAGUGAAGCUGAUGGUAUUGAAUUCAAUCAAGUGUCACUUGUGUGUCCAUUAUCAGAAAAGAGAAUACAAACACCGGUUCGUGUACUCAAUAACCCUGACCUUGGACCUUAUGAUAAAAUGAACAUACUUUCAGCACCACAAAGUUUGUCUAAAAAUGGAAUACUGGAAGUGAGUGCUGAUAAUCUCACAGAAGAUGAAGAUACAGUUCGCUACCUCAUGUAUUACCCUUGGGAAAGCGAUGACAAAAUAUUUACAUGGGAAAAACCACCAGAGCCAAAUUUUCCUCAGAUAUGCAAGAAAGUAUGUGUGCAGUAUAAUUUGGAUGUAAUUACUGAUUCUCUGUCUGAAUUGUGUAUUGUUCAUCCUCACGGUCUGUUUGCUGGGAAUGAAUGUUUGACAUAUAUAUAUAGAGGUCAACUGGUGUAUUUUCUUGGUGCUGCAAAAGGUACAGAUGAGAGGCGUAGAUUAUAUAGCCCUGUUUCAAGCAAUGAAGAGUACAUUUUAUCGCUUUCUAAGGCUGAAUUACUGAAUAUUGGACAUCAGCAGCUAAAACAAUUUGUAUCACAUGAUUUAACAGCAAAUGUACAGGAUGGUAUACAUAAUCCACAAAAGCUAAAUGCUACCCGGUUAUCAGCUAUUAUAGAACCGCAGGAAAGCGUUCAAUGGGAGCCAGAAGAAGUUAUUGUUGUUUUACUUGAUCACAGUGGUUCAAUGGAGAGUGCAGUAUAUCCUGAGUAUGUCAACUUUAAUUGUAUUAACUUAAUUGAUUUCAAAUAA